AUGGAAACGCCAGAGAAUUCUAUCGGAAUUCUAGAAAAUGAUGAGAAAAAUGUAGGAAGAGCUGCAAGGGGGGGCGGGGGAGUGUCAUUUGCUCAAGCACAACAUCUGCGCCGUUUCCAUGACUCAUUCGUCGAUUACCAUCAGCUCCAGGCGGCCGUCAACAUGGGAGACAAAAUCCUAUCUCCCAAAUACACGCGCGUGAAAAUCAACGUUGGCGGUACAGUUUUUGAGACCUACCUUUCCACUCUCACAAAAGUGAAUGAAAGUGUGCUCUCCGCUAUGGUGGCCGAGGAAAUGCAAAAUGGAGACGAACUGUUCAUAGACAGAAAUCCCCUGCUUUUUGCCAAAGUACUGGAUUAUCUACGAGAUGACGAGCGUUUUGUUCCUCCAUCUGACGAUGAUGCCAAAGAAGCACUUCGGAGAGAAGCUGAGUUCUAUAAUCUGCCCGAGCUCGUCAACAAGUGCUUGCCCGAAGAAUUUCGUACUGGUGUUAAAGUAAAAUGGAAGGAAAGCGCUAUCGAAUCGUACUCGAAGGGUUCUCGCCAUAGAGAAGAAGAGCUUCCCGCAUGUGGCGAGCGUGUGCAAAUCAAUGUUGGUGGAACAAUUUUUGAGACAUAUCUUUCUACUCUUACAAGAUUUGAUAAAAGUGUGCUCUCGGUCAUGGUUGCUAGUCGUUGGCGAAACCAGAAAGAAAUUUUUGUGGACAGGAAUCCAAAGCAUUUUGCGAAAGUACUGGAUUAUCUGCGAAGCAGCAAAAAUUUUGCAGCUCCACUGGAUGAUGAAGCUCGGGAAGAGCUUCGAGAAGAGGCUGAAUUCUAUAACCUGCCUGGCCUUGUUGAAAUGUGCUCGCCUGAAGUUUUCCGCGUCGGAGACAGUGUGCAAUGGAAGCAAAGUGUUGUCGAAGAUUUCUGUCAGUCCUUCGCAACGUACUGGCUUUCAAAAGAUCAUGCCUUCAUAUGCCCCCUCUGCGAUGUUCCCCCUGAAAAAUGUAUUGGUAGAACGUAUACCCGUACUGAUUCCUUUUUUGUGAGCUAUGUAUAUUUACUAGAUGUAAAGCAACAUAUGUCAUCGGCUAGAGGUACUAUUCUUUCUCUCGAUGGCACAUUGUGCGAGGUGAAGUGGGAAAUGUGGGUAACUCAUCUUCCACAAUCUGCGCUGCGCCUGGUGAAAAAGUAG